CUAAGUAGUCACGUGAGCAGGUUCACAUCCGCGCGCUUUCGGCCGACUUCUAGAAUCUCUUGCGCUGGACGGAUCAGAUAUCUAGCGUUAUUCUUCUCGUUUUUCACGCCCUCAAGAUUAAAAGAGGACUAAAAACCUCCUUCCUCAACUAUGUCUGACGAGCAGAAGCCGGAGGUAAAACCAGACGUGGCCGUUGGAGGCAGCGAACACAUCAAUCUUAAAGUCACCGGCUCUGAUCGGUCAGUGGUUCAUUUCAAGAUCAAGAAAAACACGCCGCUGAGAAAGCUGAUGACGGCCUACUGUGAGAGACAGGGGUUCCAGGCCGGGACUGUUCGAUUCAUGUUUGAUGGCAACCAGAUCGGAGCCGAACAGACCCCCAUAGAACUAGAAAUGGAGGACGACGACACAAUAGAAGUGUUCCAGCAACAAACUGGUGGCGGUGACCACUAGCUCGCGCCCACCCCCCUCUCUCUUUCUCCAUGCAAUCACGCACGCCUCUCUUCCUACACCACACACUGCAGCAGUAUACACACACCCCCACUGCUCCUUGUCUGUUGGGUUUUUGAGAUCUACUAUAAUAUCCCAACAACCAACCGCCUAACUAAGUCAUAAUCUGUUUCGAAUGUAAUACACAUGAGUUUAAAUUCAGCACUGUUUCUAGUAAUUGCUUGCAUUACUGAGCGACAAAGAAAAAUUUGUGGACACAUUGUCACAAUGAAAGAGUGAAAGGCCUGUAUAGUAUAAUAGUUCUUUUCUCUCGGCGUCUUUGAUGGUACAACUGGGUGGGCUCACUUGUCAGGUGUGUGUGUGGUGCGAGAAUCUUCAAAGUGAGUUGGGAAUGCUACGUGGUCCGGCAAGAAUCAGUUUGCGAGUGACGAAGCUCUUGUGGUCAGUCUUGGCUCGUUUCUUCUUGGGCGGUGCGGGGCCUUCCCGGAGCGUCAGAAAGUAGUGGGCGUAGUACUUGUGCAUCACUCCAAACUGGCCUCUGCCGUGGUAGCGAAUUCUCUUCAAGUAGGAGCCUUUACCAACGAAUGAUUCAACUGGGGAGUGAGGGGAGAGGAAGGAAAGGGGGUUGACACGGUCUGAGAGUGGCAGCUGCCCUCACCAACAUGAAGGUUUAGUGGGUCA